CUGCUGUGCACUUCGGAGGCGCCUGUGACGUUUGGUUUUAAAGCUUCAGCUACUUUGCCUUUUCUGGUCACUCCCUGCAUGCAGCCAUGUUUGUGAAAGUGAGGACCAUGGAUGGCAAUGCCUCAGGAGUUGUGACAAUAUCCAAGCUCACUACAGUAGACCAGUUCAGGAAACUGGUGGAAGAUGAGCUUGAUGUUGCUCCAGAAUGCCAGCGGCUCUUCUUUAGAGGCAAACAGAUGGAAGAUGGGCACACCAUGUUUGAGUAUGAUGUCAAUGUUAAUGAUGUCAUACAGCUCAUGGUUCGGCAGCCUCUCGCCCCUGUCAAAGCAGACAACCAUAGGAGACAAGCAAACAACACCAUAGAUAAGGACAGUGCAGACAAAGGUGCAUCCUCAGUGCCAGUGGAAGCAUGUGGUGUCAAUGGUGACGCAGCCCAGACUGUUGACUCUGACAAGGCGGUGGACAUGGACGACAACUGCGGCUGGGAUCUCCUCUCCGCGGAUGACUUUUACAAGGUGGGAGACUGCUGCGACGCUCGCGACCCAGCCUCCGGCGGCUGGUUCGAAGCCACCGUCUGCGGUGUCCGGCGGGGAUCUGCUGAGAAGGGCGGCGUCUCCGGCGGCUCGCCAGAGCAUCAGUACUCGGUCAAGUUCGAAGGGUACGAGGACGACCCGCCGCUCUGGCUGGCCGGCGGCGAGCUGCGUGAGCGGGCCACCGACACGCUGCCCUUCUCCGAGCUGACCGUCGGACAGCACGUGCUGGUCAACUACAACGUGGACGAGCCGGACGAGCGUGGCUUCUGGUUCGACGCGCUCGUCACGGGGCGCGAGGCGCGUGGCAGGCGGCGCCGGCUGACAGUGACGGUGUACCUGGGCGCCGGCCGGGUGGCCGUCGAGGGCUGCCAGGUCAAGUUCGUCGACGAGGUCAUGGCCCGCGGCCAGCAGCGCGCCAGAGUCGACCGGCUGGCGGCCGGCGCGAGGUGGGGUCCCAGCUGCAGGAUCUGCCGCGGCCGGCCGGAGCGCGACUGCCGGGUGUGUGGCUGCCACGUCUGCCACAAGAAGUCCGACCCCGACCGGCAGAUCAUGUGUGACGAGUGCGACAUGCCCUACCACAUCUCCUGCCUGACGCCGCCCCUGGAGGCCAUCCCCGAGGAGGACGAGUGGUACUGCCCCGAGUGCAAGACUGACACGAGCGAGGUCGUGCAGGCCGGCCAGCGCCUCAAGGCCAGCAAGCGCAAGGCGCGCAUGGCAUCGACUCUGAACAAGGCGACCAAGCGGGACUGGGGCAAGGGCAUGGCGACGGCCGGCCGGCAGCGGCAGUGCACGAUCGUGCCGACCAACCACCGCGGCCCGGUGCCGGGUGUGGAGGUGGGCAUGCGCUGGCAGUACCGCAUCCAGGCGAGCGAGGCGGGCGUGCAUCGGCCACACGUGGCGGGCAUUGCGGGCCGCGAGAAGGAGGGCGCCUUCAGCAUCGUGCUGUCGGGCGGCUACGAGGAUGACGUGGACAACGGCGACGAGUUCUACUACACGGGCUCGGGCGGCCGCGACCUGUCCGGUAACAAGCGCACCGCCGGGCAGAGCUGUGACCAGGAGCUGACCAGGAUGAACAGGGCGCUGGCGCUCAACUGCAACGCCCGGAUCAACGAUAAAGAGGGCGCCACCGCCGAGGACUGGCGCGGCGGCAAGCCCGUGCGGGUCAUCCGCUCCUACAAGCUGGGCAAACACUCCAAAUACGCGCCCGACGAGGGGCUCAGGUACGACGGUGUGUACAAGAUCGUGCGCUACUGGCCGGAGAAGGGGCGCAGCGGCUUCCUGGUGUGGCGCUACCUGAUGCGCCGCGACGACCCGGACCCGGCGCCCUGGACCAAGGCCGGCCGGCGCCGCGUCCUGGAGCUCGGCAUCCAGGACAUGGUGCGCGUGGAGGCGCCGGGCGACAAGCCGCCGGCGGAGACGGAGGGGGCCGAUGAAGAGGGUGCCCCGCCCACCAAGCGGCCGCGCCCGGCGGCCUACACGCCUGCGCCGGCCGUGGCCGCCCUGAUGAAAGCGGACGCCGACAACGCGCAGCUCUGGGACGCGUGUCGGCGCUCGCUGGCCGACGGCAAGCUGAAGUUCCUGGCGAAGGUGACGGACACGUUCAUGUGCAUUUGCUGCCAGGAGCUGGUGUGUCCGCCGGUCACGCUGCCCUGUCACCACAAUGUCUGCCUGCCGUGCGUGAAGCGCUCCUUCAAGGCGGAGGUGUUCUCGUGUCCCGCCUGCCGCCACGACCUGGGCAAGAAGUUCGCGCUCGUCUCCAACGUGACGCUGUUCGACGCGCUGAAGGCGCUCUUCCCGGGCUAUCAGAAGGGCCGAUGAGCCGGUGGGGAGCGGCCGUCUCCAGGGGCUGGUCUCGGCGGCUGGGCGGCUGGUGUCGGAUGAGCCGGCGGGGAGUGGCCGCCUCCACGAGCUGGCCCCGGGAGCGGCCGUCUCCAGGGCUGGCCUCGGCAGCGGUCGUCUCCAGGGACUGCCUCGGCAGCUGGGCGGCUGCUAGCGCUGCCCCGGCUGCUCGGAAUGGUGGCGGUGCGGCCGGGCGCCAGCGGGGACUGCGUUCGGUUGUGCGUCUCGUAGCUUGUUCUCUGCGCGGCUAAUUUCCAGACGACAGAAGCUGCAGGCACCGUUUGAAUGACCAUCGCGAGUAAGUGGGUGUGAAUUUAUCGAAUGAAUUAUAGAUUUAUUCGCACUGCGGUGCCCUUGAAUUUAGUUAGUGACUGUGCAUUCUCACAACUGGUUCCAUUAGUGGCUCAGGAUCGAGACCUCGACGUACGCUUUAGUUUAGCAGUUGGCUAGUUUCGUACGUGUUCCUGCAAUGCCAGCUACACUCAAGUUGGCAUUCAUUGUGUAUAAUACAUUGCACAUAUUUGAUA